CUCGCUCGGGAGGCGGUCCCGGCGCUGCCGAGUCUCCGCGCUAGUCAGGGGCCUGUGCAGCCCGACGAGGGAGUGGAGGUUCUUUUCAGUUUUCCAAGAGCAGCAGGAAAUGAACAAAUCACAGGGACUAGUAUCAUUCAAAGAUGUGUCAGUCAACUUCACCCAGGCAGAGGGGCAGUGGCUGGACUCAGCUCAGAAGAUCCUGUAUAGGGAUGUGAUGCUGGAGAACUACAGCAACCUGGUCUCAGUGGGGUGUCUUAUAUCCAAAACAGAUGUGACCUCCCAGUUGGAGCAAGGAGAAGAGCCGUGGAUAAUAGAGGUAGAGUUCUCAAGCCAGAGCCUUCCAGGUAUGGAGUCAUCUUGAAACUUCCAUCUCUGCCAUUCUCUCUUAUAAAUUUUAUUUCAUUAUCUGUUAUUUGUUCUUAUUCCCCUAAGUUCCCUCAGUGUGCUCAGUUGUCAUGAAUUUUAACCAAAACCAGAACCAUAUUAUCACAUACCUGGGUUCUUAUUUCAUUUGUCAGAUUUGAUUACCAAAAUUGUCUAAUAUAUCU